UAGCCGUUCAAGUGGCUACUUAGACACAGUCACUGACUGGAUUCCUGGCAUUAAAAACAUGAGACUGUGCGACUUCCCAACCUUUGUUCGAAACACCCCAGCUGAUGAAGUGCUAUAUGAUCUCACUAUUGACGCUAUCAAGAGCGGUGAGGAAGCUGUGGCGACAGUUAUUCACACUUUCAAGGCCCUUGAACAAGACGUUCUUAAUGCUCUUUCUUCCUUGCUGCGGAAGCAAGUAUAUGCAAUUGGUCCAUUUUCUCUACUUCUUGAACAAAUCCCAGAAAAAGAACGUCGUGCCAAGAAUAUCCAUGGCAAUCUGUGGGAAGAAAAUAUCGAGUGUCUCCAAUGGCUGGAGUUGAAGGAAUCGGGCUCUGUGCUUUACAUCAACUUUGGAAGCAUUGCAUUUUUAUCACCAGAACAAUCGACCGAGUUUGCCAUGGGCAUAGCCAACAGUGACCAUCCAUUCUUGUGGAUUAUAAGGCCAGAUCUCGUGAGCGGAGACAAUGCAAUUUUGGCCCGGGAGUUUGCUAAAAAGACAAAGGGAAGAGGUUUUAUGAUCGAAUGGUGUCCGCAGGAGGAAGUUCUAAACCGCCCAUCAGUUGGCGGGUUCUUGACUCACUGUGGGUGGAACUCAACUAUCGAGAGCCUGUCUGCUGGGGUUCCCAUGCAGUGCUGGCCCUGCUUCGGUGACCAACAUACCAACUGUCGGUUUGUAUGCAACGAUUGGGAAAUCGGACUUGAGAUUAACAACGAUGUGAAGCGAGAUGAGGUGGAGAGGCUUGUGAGGGAAAUGAUGGGAGGAGGAGAGAAGGGAAAGAAAAUGAAGGAGAGAGUUGCAGAGAGGAAGAAGUUGGCUGAAGAGGCAACUGCUCUGUGUGAUUCAUCUGCCAAAGACUUGGACAGACUUGUCAAUGACACCUUAUUGAAAUAAUCGAUUCGCUCAUUUCAAAUUGUUAUGAACUUGUGUUGUAAUGUUGGUCUCAUCUACUAGAAUCAAAUCACCGAAGUG